AUGAAUAAUAUUAAUAAUAAACCCGUCGCCGAUGUUGGAAUGUUCAACACUACAAAGCCGUCCUUCAGCAAAGAAACUCAAAACAUGCUCAAAACCUUGAUGGAUGAAGCACAUCUGACGCACCUGCAGAGGAGGCAGUUUGAAAACUCCUUGAGAACCGGAGAGCCUUUACCAGUCGUCAAAAAAUCAGCUAAAAAUAAAAAAUCUCUUCCCAAAGCAGUCAGUGCUAAGUAUUUAAAUCCCAAAAAUUACAAAUGUUCUUUAAAGUCGUUUGAGCAGAUAAAAGCGAGCAACGCUUACGAGAGGGAGAAGUAUGAACCUUCGCCAUCUUGCAAAUUCGGCGGUUGUUAUGAAAAAGAUAAGCAGAGGCUCUCAAAUAUUUUUGCCUAUGGCGAGGAUAUUGAUCCGAAAAACAAGAAUAUUAAUAAUAAAAAUAAUGAUAACAAUAAUAAAAAUAAUAAUAAUAAUAAUGGUGAUUAUGAUGAUGACAGUGAUGGUCAUCGGAAAGGCGUCGAUCGAUUUUAUGAACUGGAGCAGGAGAUAGAAGAUCGGCGAAAUUUUUUAGACAAGAUGACAAAAUUAGGAAGAGUUGACGAGUAUAAAAAUAAAAUUGAGACUGAAAUAUCGCAGAUGAUCAGAGAGAUGGAGCUUAUCGAUAAGAAAAGAUCAGCUGUUUAUGAAUGA